AUGACUGCAGGCGCGCGCCGUUUCCCAAAGGGGGUGAACGCAGGCUUCUCCGCGCUGCUGCAGCUGGUGAAGAUCACAGAGGGACUGAGCCACGCCGGCCUGCAGCAGGAGUUGGCGCAGAAGGUCCUGGUCGCUGUGGACUCAUGCCAGGCGCAAGUUCAGGGCUGUGUGAAGCUGCUUCUGGAGGCGCUGGCUCUGAGCAAGCAGCAGCACAGCCCCGAGCUGGCGCUGGACUCCGCCUGGGCGUUGAACGAGCUGGCCCAGAAAUCCAACGUGGUGUCUGGGUGGAUCCUGGGGUGCGGCAGCACCAGUCUGCUGAGAGAGUGCCUCAUUGUCUACUGCGACCGGCGCGACACCGUGGAGAUCUGCACUUGGUUGGUAGGAAAGACCGGUGGCCUGAAGGGCCUGCUGUCGCUGCUGCGUGGUGACCCUGCGCUGCCGCAACAGGUGGUGGUGCGCGUCUUCGACAUCAUCUGCAAGGACAGCAGCUUCUGGCGGGACAAAGAUGGUCCAAUCGAGGAGGCGGGGCAGCUGCUGCGCUGCGCGGCCGAGGCGGCGAAGUUUGCGGCGCAGCAGGGGCCAAGGCAGCUGCUGGAGGCCAAGGAUGCUAUGCGCAAGUUCUUGGAGAAGGCCGUGCAGAAGGACGAGGAGGGCUGGCGCCUGCUCAACCGGAUGCCAGCGAGUUCCUGCGCUACCCCGCCAUCGAGUGAUGCGGAACAGGAACAGGCGCCCAUUGCCCCUCAGAUGAAGAAGCAAAAGACGGAGGGUGACGACGAUAUGGCGGCGGCGCAGGAAGAGUCGGAGACCGCCGGCAUGGAGGUUGACAGCGGGGCCUUGUCACCCCGGGUGCCGUUGGCCCCGAGCGGGGACGAGGCCCCGCGGCGGGACUUCAACUCCCCGGUCCGGCCGUCACUGGCGGGCCUCAGUGAGCAAGGGACCAGCGGGGGCAGCUGGGAUGAAGUGCCGGAGGUGGUGGCCGGCACCCACCCGAGAGGUGCUACUGCCACCCAUGUCAUGCACCUGGUCGAUCAGGACCUCCGCACGGUGGGAUGUGGGUGGUCCAUCACACCCCAGCGGGCCCAGCAUCUUUCUCCGGAAGAUUAUGCCGCUGAGCCAGCCAAGUAUGUCCAAUGCAGCCGCUGCUUCCGCUACUACUCCCUCCCGGAGGACUGGGAGGAGGCCCAUGCGGACACCAGCCAUGUGGACACCCUCUCGGACAAGGAGGCGAUCCAGCUCCCCUUCAUCCGGAAGGUGGCACAGCCACCGUGA